AACACUGAGAGCCUUGAAAUAUUCCUGUUGAAUCCUGAUACCUAACGACCAUGUUCUACCGUUUUUUCCUGCCGGCAUAGUGUUUUGCAUCAUAAAAUAAAAUCAGAAUUAUCAGUUGAUUGCUACAGUGUCUUAGGCAUCGGACACGGAUGCAUUUGUUUGUAGUGUAAUUCGCAGGACAAUAGAUGAAGCUUGAUUGGGUGACCUUGAAUAACGCAAAAGUGAUUCAACAACCAGAAACUUUCUAAAACAUGUUCCCAACUCAUCAACUGCAAGAUCCCAAUGUCCUGUAUGACGGAAACGGCAACGACGCAUAUGCAUACUACACCCAAAGGGAAUCGUUUAAUAGUAACGAUUCCAUCGAUAGAGAAUCCUUGUCGGAACUGAUGUAUCCAUAUUGUGGAUAUGAGUCGUUCAGUGCCGGGGGGUUUUCCGUGAAUAUUGGUGAACUCACGUCUUCCUUCCAAGGGUUCACAAUUGACGUUGCUGGAAUAGAACGCGAACUAAGUGAAGUUAAAAAACGGGACACGGAUCUCAUUCGGCAAGAUUUCAUCCGGAAUGGAAUCGACUCUUCUAUUAGCGAGAAGGGAAUAUUGACUGCACGUCCAUCCACGAUUAAUUCAUCUUGGCCAAAAAAUCAACUACCGAGCAUGAACAACCAGUCCUUUCAAGCAUGCUGGACACCUGAACGCACCGAAGAGCAGUUAGCUGUAUUUGACGGUACACAUAAACUAUCUACGAAACGUCAACGGAUGCAGAAGGAGAACGACUAUUGUGUCUUCUGCUACAAUAACCGCGAAGAGGAAGAGACGUACCUCGGACAUACGUGUCGAGAUGCGGACGGGCAUGUCGUGUGCCCAAGGUUGAUGAAAUAUGUUUGCCCGUAUUGCAGCGCAACGGGCGUUUUUGCUCAUACGAAGAAGUACUGCCCGAGGAAACCGAUAAUCACUCCGGCGGACCUAGAAAACAUGGUCCUGGAUAAAGGGCCACAGCCGAAGUUGCGAAACGGUUGUGGCAAAGGAAACGGUACACGCGAUAAAAAGUUUUUGCGUUUUUAAUGUGUGUAGACGUUAUCGUACUUAAAAUUUUCAUUUAUUUUUUAUCGUUUUUUUUCUGACAAUGAUGAAUUUUUGAAAGACUCGAUGUAGAUCGAAAUCGGAUUUCGAUUUAUGCUGUUUUGUAACAUUCUAUUAUUAUGUGAGCUCUCGAAUUGUAAUUGAUAAGCACAAUGUGAGUAGAAAAAGCACUCGAUUCAAGAUCAACUGUUCGAAAUGUUAAUCUAUUUUGUAAUAAUGUUAUCUAUGUCUAAAGUGAAAUUACUUUAACUAAGAAAUAAA